AUGGUGCCAACAUUUGUCGAUUUGCAAGGAUUUCUCGUGGAUAAGCGAUUUGUUGUCAAGGAGGUAGCAGUUCUAAAGAAUGGGAGCGAAUUGACAUACUACAUUUUUACAUGCUCAAUGCCAUGGCGUUUUCUGACGAAAGCUGAUCAAUCACAUGCCUCAUGGGUGAUGACACAUCAUCACGGAUUGCGGUGGAAUAAUGGGAUGGUACCAUAUCGUACGGCGCAGCGUUUGAUUUCAGAAGCUGUUGGUAGAGAAAGUAGGGCAAUUGUAUAUGUGAAGGGAUUUGAAAAAAAGGGGGUGGUUACUAGAUAUUUUGAACAAUGAUGACAUUAUAGUGGAAACGAUCGAUGCGCAUUACGGUGAGAUUGAAUCGCUUAAAACUUUAGACGCUACCAAUACGUAUCGGUGUGGAAGACACAGUAAAUGU